UCCAUUUGCUUCCCUGCGCCUAGCCCAAUAGUUUAGAUUAGUCUUUUGUAUUUUUCCCUUUUAUAUUUGUCUUCAAUUUCUACAAUAAUUUUGAUAUAUCGUUUUAGAGAUUUUUAUUUUUUAGGGUUAGGAGGUGUGGAUUCUACAGAGAUCAAAGUUCAAAAUUGGGGUUUCCCACCUGUGUUGUUGCGCCAUUUCUUCCUGCAUACAUACACAUAUAUAGUAUCAAACAUCUAAUGUCUGUAAAAUUUGUUUUCUUUCUUCCUGUUCUAUAACUUGAUUUGAUCAAUCACAGGAUCUAAUACCUUUGCUCUCUCUCCGAAAUUGCAUUUUUCUUCAGGCAAUUGUGAUUUUUUUUUUUCCUGGUCAAUUGUCGGUUUUUAGGGUCCUGGGUUCUUGAAUUCUGACUUUUUAGGAUCGAGGACUUGGUUUUGUUAAUCGAUUUUGGUCGUUUUUUGUUGGGUACAUUACAAAAAAGAGCUUGUUAGUCUAUUUGAUCAAGAUAUCGUUCCUAGGGUUUUGAGAAUUUGAGUCUGAAAGCGAUGGAUAAGAAGAAGCUUGCAGUCCCGCUCGUCUGCCACGGGCAUUCUCGUCCAGUUGUUGAUUUGUUCUACAGCCCAAUUACACCAGAUGGCUACUUCCUCAUCAGUGCUAGCAAGGAUUCUACUCCAAUGCUAAGAAAUGGAGAGACUGGAGAUUGGAUUGGAACCUUUGAAGGUCAUAAAGGUGCAGUGUGGAGCUGCUGCCUUGAUACUAAUGCUCUACAUGCUGCAUCUGGGUCUGCUGAUUUCACUGCGAAAUUGUGGAAUGCAUUGACUGGGGAUGUGUUGCACUCCUUUGAACACAAACACAUUGUUCGGGCAUGUGCCUUUUCUGAGGAUACACGCCUGCUACUCACUGGUGGUGUUGAAAAAAUACUUCGCAUUUUCGAUUUAAAUCAACCAGAUGCACCUCCAAGAGAAGUUGAUAACUCUCCCGGUUCAGUUAGAACUGUUGCAUUUCUUCACAGUGACCAGACCAUAUUAAGUUCCUGCAGUGAUAUUGGGGGCGUAAGGUUAUGGGACGUGAGAAGUGGCAAAAUUGUGCAAACACUUGAGACUAAAGCACCAGUAACCAGCGCUGAAGUAAGUCAGGAUGGCCGCUACAUAACUACUGCUGAUGGGUCUACAGUUAAGUUUUGGGAUGCAAAUCAUUUUGGAUUAAUCAAGAGCUACAACAUGCCAUGCAAUGUGGAAUCGGCGUCAUUGGAACCAAAGCUUGGUAAUAAGUUUAUAGCUGGGGGAGAAGACUUGUGGAUUCAUAUUUUUGACUUCCAUACUGGUGAAGAGCUUGGAUGCAACAAAGGCCACCAUGGUCCAGUACAUUGUGUUCGGUUCUCACCCGGAGGUGAAUCCUAUGCCUCUGGAUCUGAAGAUGGAACCAUCAGGAUAUGGCAGAUCAGUCCUUCGAGUAAUAAUGAGCAUGAUACAUCUGCAAACGGGCCAACCUUAAAAGUAAAUGUUGCAGCCGAUGAGGUUACCCAAAAGAUCGAGAGCUUACAUAUUGCCAAAGAGAAGACUGGAGUGAAGGAAAACACUGCAGAUGGUUGACUGGGAACACUGACCAUGUUCUCUCUGCCGGGUCAUUAGUUGUGAGCUUGUGGGUGUGACUUUCAAGGAACCAUCUUUAUCUUAAAUAAUAAUAAUAAAAACUUACAAUAAUAAUUCUCUGUAUUUUCCUUUCUUUUUUGCUUUUAGCUAUGUUUUUGGGAAUACCUUUUUUGUUUCUUUCCUUGUAAUCAGUACUUCAGUGAUAGAUAAAAUGAAAAAUGCAGAAAAAUAGAGGAUGUUGUGAUUA